CCGUUCUCACUUUAUAACUUCCUCUUUGCGAAUUGCCAGUGCUCAGCAUGACUGACCUAAACGUUGGUCGUCAAUGCUUUCUGUUGCAAAACAAAUCGGACAGAUUUACUACUGAAUUAUUGUUUCUCAACCAGCAUGUGCCAUCAUGUGUUUUCCUUGCGAUAUGUUUUGUGAUUGGUGUAACUGGGAAUGCAUUUGUACUCCACGUUUACUAUAAACAAUUUAAACAAUCAAAUUACAGAUUAUAUGUGUUAUUCCUAUCUGGCAUAGACAUAGUUUUCUGUUUGACAGUGUUACCAUUUUACAUUUUCAAUAUUCUUUCCUAUUGGAACUCAGUAGAUAUCGUCUGCAAGUUCGGAUGUUUUAUGACAAUAUUUUUGUCAUUGGCAUCGUUAAUUAUUUUGGUGAUCGUCGCUGUAGACAGAUAUCUUGUUCUUCGAAAACCUAUGCAGAAAAAGAUAGGCGAAGUUCACGCAUUGAAAUGCUGCAUUAUCGCUUUGCUACUUUCGGGGACACUAUCUUGGUACAGCUUCUUAAUAUAUGGAGUUAACAAACAAAGGAACAGCGAGAUUCAAAUUGUAAUAUCACAGUGUACAUCUGUUCACAAUUUAUCAAAAAUAAACAACUAUGUACUUUUAGCGUGCUCAUUAUUGCUAGCAUCGUUUUUCUCUUUGGCAUACGGUGGUAUAUUGUCAAAAAUUAAAAUCCAUGCUCAGAGGUCGUCGAUUGGUUCCAGCAAACGUCGAAUGACAAUCAUAAUAUAUAUAGCUAUUACAGCAGUCUUCUCGAUUUCUACUAUAAUCUCUGUGAGCCUACGCAUCGUUAAAGAGACCGUCAAUAAAUAUCAGAAUUGUCAAGGUGGAUAUAUAGAAGAAUCUGCUUUUAUGUUUUUUUCUCUUUCACAUUGUAUAAAUCAUGUCUGUAAUCCUGUUAUAUAUUACUGGCGUGACAUUAGAUUCAAGAAUGGAGUUAAGAGAACGUUAUGUUGUUGGUUUGAAGUUUUGGAAAUGUCAUCGGGACGGUCAGACACUAAUUCUAUCAAAAGUACAGCAUCUAAAACAGGGGGCAAUAGUCAGAUAAGAAAAUGUGACUAUAGUGCUGAUUCCAUGACAAAGGCUAGCAUCGGUGAAGAAUCUUUGACAGAAAAGGAAAUAUUUCAUGUGGAACUAACGAAUGAAAAAAAUAAAUUCACUGAUGAAUUAACAUUGUAAAUGUCUAGGACAAUAUUAUAACUUUUAUAUUUGUGUGACAAUUCUUUUAAAAAGUUUAAAAAAAAAAGCAAUUGCUAUCCA